AUGGCAGCUGUUUUCAUUGAUAGAUCAUUCUUUCUUUCUUUCUUUCUUUCUUUCUUUCUUUCUUUCUUUCUAGUCUUCUGUUCAUUUCUUUCUUUUCUUUCUUUCUUUCUUUCUUUCUUUCUAGUCUUCUCUUCCUUCCUUCCUUUCUUUUUCUUUAUUUCUUUCGUUCUUUCUUUCUUUUCUUUUCUUUCUUUCUUUUCUUUCUUUCUUUCUCUAUCUUCUGUUCCUUCCUUCCUUUUCUUUUCUUUUUUUUAUUUCUUUUCGUUCUUUCUUUCUUUCUUUCUUUUCUUUCUUUUCUUUUUUUCUUUUCUUUUCUUUCUUUCUUUCUUACAUUUUUACCAUUUCAUCACUCAUUUCUUUCUUUCAUUCGAUUCUUUCAUUCUUCUGACAUUUUCCAAUUUCAGCUUGUACAUUUUCCUCAUUAAGAGAUAUAUACAUUUCCAGCUUUCUUUCUUUCGUUCUUUCUUUCUUUCUUUCUUGUCUACUGUUCCUUCCUUCCUUUCUUUUUUUCUUUCUUUCUUUCUUUCAACUUAUACCAUUUCUUCAUUGAACGAUUUCAUUCUUUCUCUCUUUCUUUCUAGUUUUUCAUUUUCGCCUAAUGCUUUCUUUCUCGUGACAAUUUUCCCCUUUUUAGAUUGUACUAUUGACAGAUUCCUUUCUUUCUUUCUUUCUUUUUUUUCUCCUGUUUCUUUCUUUUUUUAUAUUUUCUUUUUACAUCUUUCUUUCUUUCUUUUUCUUCUUUCUUUCUUUCUUUCUUUCUUUUUCUUUCUUCUAGUUUUUUCUUCUUUCUUUUCUUUCUUUCUUUCUUUCUUUCUGUCUUUCUUUCUUUCUAUAUUUUCUUUCUUUCUUUCUUUCUUUCUUUCUUUCUUUCUUUCUUUCUUUCUUUUCUUUUCUUUCUUCUUUCUUGUCUUUCUUUCUUUUCUUUUUUCUUUUCUUUUUUUUCUUUUCUUUCUAGUCUUUUCCUGUUUUCCUUCUUUUCUUUCUUUCUUUUAUUUCUUUUUCUUUCUUUUCUUUCUUUCUAGCUUCCGAGAAGUUCCUAUUUCUUUUUUUCUAGCUCUUAUUCUGUCCUAUGACACUUCACAUUUAAACUUGCUCAUUGUCAAAUUUCCUUCGUUCUUUAUUUUUCUUUCUUUCAUUAUUUCUUUCUUGCUUGCUUUCUUCCUCUCCAGCCAUCUGUUUCUCUUUUUUUUAAUUACUACUCUUAAUAUUUCAUCAUCGACAACAUUCUUUCUUUCUUUCUUUCUUUCUUUCUUUUCUUUUUUCUUUCUUUUUUUUUUUUCUAGCUUUCCUUUCUUUCUUUUUGUCAUUGUUUAG